UGCUGGUGGAUGUGUGUUUGUCUGGGUGUGUGUGUGUAUGUAUACGUGCGUGUGUGUGUGUGCGUUGUUGGUAUCUGCUUGUGUCUACGACGAUCCACACGCUGUAGACACGCUCUGUGGGACUGGUUGAUUCAAGUAGCGUUGAUGUCAGAUAGCGCUUUUUUAUUUUGUUCUAUUUACCAGUUACAUAUUAUGUUGUUUCGUUGGUGGGCGAUAACAACUGUGGUCCGGAUGUUUUUGGGGGCUUCGCAGUCUUCUUCAGUUUGGAUGGUAUCCGUAGCAAUUAGUUGUGCGCCACUAUACUGUAUUGUUAUUGCAGCAGAACAAAAACAGCGACAGUACGUUCGCAAAGAUAGCGUUUUUAAACGCAUUGCAUCGAUAACGUCUAACUAACCUAUUGAUAAGCAUCGACUAAUAGUCUACGCUGAUAGAACAACGGCCAAGGAAAAGAGAUCAACUCGACUGGAACUUUCAAAUAUGCUGCGACUCUUUCUUCUGUCACCAUUUAUGCUUUCCUAGCCCGUUGCGGCAACAACAUUGGCUUGCAGUAGUAGCGUUAUUUUAGCAGCAGUAGCAGCACUACCACCAACAGUCAUCGCUUCUCAUUGCCCGUCCAACAGCGGCGGCGGCGGCAGCAUUUGGGGCAACACUACUAUGAAAGCCUAUUUAGGCCCCGUAGGCGCCAUAACAGCCACAGUUGCUAGUACUGUUUAGCCACAAUACCGUAGACAACAAUAAUCGUCAUACUUGUACUUUUAUACAGCUGUAUAUAACAAUAGUUCAUAGCUAAGACCCGCACCGGAAUCGCCACCAGCAGCAUCACACGUCUACUCGUAUCGCCGUUGCUGUGAGCGAUCAUUGUAGCGUCAGCUUGGCUCAGCUUUGUGCCUCCGCCGCGGCUGUUCGUAAUGGUGGUCCAUUGCCUAAGUGCUAAGUAGUGCUAUACGCGUUGGCUUUGCCAUUGUGAUGCUCCUUCACGCCAGCGGUCUGUGCGUGCUGACGCUGCUAGUGAUGGACCGGUGCCAAGCGGGUGGGUAACCAUCGUUAUACUAUCAUAUAGAAAAGCUCGUACAAGGAGGCGGCUACGGUAUCGGUGACUGGCUGGCCAACUGGCUCAACAGCCGGUCGACCCUUUGUCCGCUCAGUCGCCUGUCGCGUGGAGCACCACAGCGAAGCGGAGUUGGUUCGUUUCACCGCUGCUGUUGAGUGCCCAUCUGUAUGUCUGGCUGCCGUCCGUCCGUGCUUGUUUGUGUGUGCGCGCGCGCGUCUGGGUCUGAGUGUAUGCGCCGUCUGUUGCACUGGUGUGGCCCACUCAGCCGCUCUCCCUCCCGUUCCCCUCUGCGCCCGUUUCCGCCCCCCUUUCGCCCGAUAUCGUUGUUCGGACGCAAACGCCCCGCGGCCGAAGUUCGCUCAUUAUUGCUUAAAAUCAACAGGUUUAUCGAUGACUAAAAUGAAAAAAAAAAGACAACAAUACUAUAGACGUUGUACUUAACGUCGUCGUCCCCGCCCACCCUUCGCUGCUAUAACCGCUGGACAUUGUAACGAACAGCAAAUUCGCUGUUGUCGUUAGUUCAAAAGUGUACCUACUUGUAGUUAACGUCGUCGGGCUGGAGCGCUGCCGAUCCGAUUUUAGAACUUUUUAUUUUCUGCCAGUAGUGGAACCUCGCUACUAUCGCUAACUACAUUAAUAGUAAUAAUGCUAACUAAUUCAUACGCAACCGCCUGUCUCAACAGCAUCGGCCUUCCAUCAGUUGUUUCGUUUGUCUGUCUGGUCUCGUCCCUGAUACGAAUGAACGAAACAACCCGUUAGCGAGGGACGAUAGCGCUGCAAGUAGUAGUUGUACUGGCCGGCUUGAAUGAUGUGAACGGCUUUGAUGGGCUGCUCACAGCCACAGCUCAAAUGAUGGCCGCGACGACGACGACGACGACAAUCAUAAUCACGCAACGCCACAUCCGAGCUGUGGCACCAGCGAUGACGUUGCAGCCAUAGCGAUGGCAAUUGUCGUACCGGUAGCAGCCGUCGCCGCGUCAACGGCAACGGCGACAUCACAUCGUCCCGUAGCAGUUUCUGCGGAGUGUUGGUGGUGCCACCGUUGUUGUCGUGGCUGUGUGGCGUUGGCCGUCGGUUGGCUCGUUUGCUGACGCGACCAGGUAGCCAGCAGUGAGCAGGGACGAUGACGAUUACCAUUACUGCUGGCAACAGUAGUGUUGAUGGCGGCUGCGACGACGACGGUGCUUCUCAACUCGGUUCAGCCCGUCGCCAUCUCCGUCCAGUUUAUCGCCCAGCCGUCGCUUCGCUCGUUCGGUCGGUGGGCCGGUUGGCUGUUCGCUUCGUUGGUCGAGCGGACGGUUGGUUUCUCGCUCGUUGCUCGCUCGCCCUCGACAGUCGAUGUUAGCUUGACUUGAUCACUCACAAGAUUGACCAGCCGGCCGCCCGUUUGUUCGCUCUGUGCUGCAGCCUACGGCGAUAGCGGCAGCGGCAGCGGCAGCAGCAGCAGCAGCAGCAGCGCUGUUGAAUGCGUAUGCGACAGAGCUGCGACAUUAGCGAACACAGCGACUGCGAUUGGCCUAGUGCGAGCGAGCGAGCGUGCAUGCUAACAACACCAGUGGCAACAGCAGCGGCGCUAUUCAACCGUUCGCGAUAGCACUACUAGCAGUUGAAGUGGUGGCGGCCGCCGAUUACUGGCGGCGGCGGUGAUUCUAUAGUAGUCGCAGCAGCAGCAGAUAGACACAGCGGCGACUGUAGCGCUUGUUGUCGGCCGAUCGCUUAAGGAGCGGACAGACACACACACACACACACACUCAGACCCAGACACACACUAUGCACACACACACCUACACACCGACCAAUCGAGCUGGCCAACGGCGAUUGCUGAUUGUGCUGCCGGCUGUCUCGCCAGCAACAACAGCAACAGCAGCAGACGAACGGUUGACACGAGGGAGGCGAGCCGAAUCGGCAGCAGCGGAGACCAGACGGGUGUUCGUUUGUUGUUGUUGUUGUUGUCGCUGCUGCUGCUGCCGCCGCCAGCGUGGCGCGGUGUAUUGAGCCGCUUGCAUUACUGUGUCUGCAAUGUCCGCUGCCGCAGGCACUGUAUGUGCCUUGACUUUUGGCCGUCUGUCUGUGUGACGGAGAAGCGCGCUGCCACUGCUCUUCGCACUGUGCUUUGCCUGAUAUUGGUAGCACUGAUAAUAGCAACAGCAAUAAACGGCGGAGGGUCCGUUUGUGCGGCGGGCUGCCAGUGGCAGUGGCGGUGCUUCAUCUGUUUGUGCUGGUCGGCCGUUCCAAGCUGACAGACAAUCGGCAUCAUCAUCAUCAGUACCAACAGCAACGGCUCAUGUAGCACCGCGUAUUGUAUGUAUCUCUUGCAGGAGCCGUCCGCCAUCGUCCUCGUCAUCGCAAUCGGAGAAGACGAGGUGUGGAUCUGUUGUUGCGGCAGCGGUGAUGCUGGUGAUGGUCGUGAGGUAGGCUCGUCAUCGUGGAAGCUGAAGCGCAGUGCGUGUCUCUCUCUCUGUGUGUGUGCAGUGUUCUGCCGUACAGUGCUAUGUGAAGUGAGUGAAAUGUUGCCAUGUUAUCACAAUAAUAAUGGCGGUGGAAUCGGUAAUUCAAGAGUAGUGAGGCGGGGGUGCUGAGCGAACAACAGAGUACUUCGACUGCUGCUGCUACUACUUGUACGAUUGUUCUAUUCUUUCGUCGGUUUUCAUCAACCGCACAAAUCCACCGUACAGUUUUCAAGUGCGAUCAAACGGACAACCUAAUCAAUAAUAUCAUUAAUUCAUUAUAAUAAUAAUCAUCGAGUGUCAAAAACCAUCUACGUGCAGUGUAUGUGCGCUCUGUUAUCGAUUAACAAGUGGCUAUAAUAACAACAACAGCAACGUCACCGCUCAUCUAGUGCGUCCAUCGAACACUAAUAGCAGUAGCGACAACAUAGCAGAUUCGAACGCUCCGUGCAGGCGGAUUAUAAAGCUCUGAUUUCGCGGUUAUUCGUGUGACCCUAACAUUGUGAUGACUCUGUGUAUGCAAGAUGAAAAUAGCUGAAAGUACUAAUUGCAAUAAUUAUCAACAAUAAUAGUAGCUACUGAUUGAAGCAUCGUUUCUUAGGAAAGCCGACCCUCCUUCGAUCAGGAAUUAGCUGUCCGUAGUUCAGUGAGCGCACUCAGUUGUGGCGCGCCGAUUCAAGCUGAACUGCUCGAUUAGCUAAAAUCGAACUGCUCAGUGGUUAUCCGAGUUAAUCGCCCCCGACCGAAUCAAAUCUUGUGCGAUUGGAGCUGCCGGACGGAUCAUUGUUGGCAGCUGCGUGCGGGCAAUCGAUAUUACCCCGGAAGGGGUCGUUGAUUCAUAUCGUACCAGCGGAAAGUAGUGACGAUAAUAACAACAAUACCAACGACAAAAGAAAAGCUACAGAUUUUCCUAGCAGUGUCUUUUAAUCGUCGACGGUUCUGGGUUGCGGUAGCACCCGCUUUUCGACUCUGGCUCACCAUCCCCACCCCGCCCCCGCCACGGACACGACGUUUUCGUGCAGUACGGCCCGUCGAAUUGAGUACCACGUCGAGUAUCAGCAACCGAAAAGACACCAGCCUCAGCACCAUCAUCAUCAGCAACAACAAUCACAUCAACAACAGCAGCCACAGUACCACCAGCCAGCGUACCAUCAUCCACAAGCGCCUCCGCAUCAUCAACAGCAACAGCAACAAACACCCCAACCCCCAGCGCAGCAUCUUCAUCCGGCUCAACAACAGCAGCAGCAGCAGCAGCCACCCCCAGCGGCCCCUCCUCCUCCGCCACCUCAUCAACAGCAGCAUUCAUAUUCGAGAUCGGUAACCAGGCAGUCAAGAACCGCGCCGGCAGCUGACCAGCCAAACAGCAGUAACAGAAUAAUGUCGUCGAAUGAUAUGUCCAUGUACGACAUGAGUGUUCCCUACACCUUCAAGUGCCAGGUGGGAAUGAUCCAGAACCCAAUGGGGCGACAACAGUCAGCCUCGGCUUCAGGUCCUUCCGGAGUUAACGGAGGUCAUCAGCAGCAGCAUCAGUUACAACAUCAAACGCAGCAACAUCAAAUGCAGCAACAGCAUCAACAGGCAGGUACCGCAAAUAUCAACACGGUAUCGCUGCAGGUGUUUCAGUGCGGUCAGUGUGACUAUCAGAGUCAUAAGCGUGGCAACCUGAACGCUCAUGUUCAACAGAUGCAUUCGGAAAAAAGGCCAUAUCCUUGUCCACAUUGCGAUUACCGCGCGAAGACUGAGCGACACCUGCAGGCCCACAUACCGACCCACGGCGGCGACGAACCUCCGUUCAGGUGCAAUCAGUGCGCGUUCGAAACUGUAGACCGUUCGGCUUUGGUUCAGCAUGUACAGGGUGUUCACGAGAGCGACAAGGUGUUCAGCUGCGAGCAGUGCACAUACAAGGCGCGCACGAGUGACUACCUCGCCAAGCACAAGGUGACGCAGCAUACACCGUUGAGCGAACGUCAGUUCCAGUGCCCGCACUGCAGUAAGAAAUUUGCCAUCGAGUCACUUCUACGGCGUCAUCUUAAGAAGCAUCUGGACAACACGCGGCACAACUGUCCCCACUGCGGUAACGCGUUUAAGGACAUCCGCAGACACCGCACUCGCUGCGCGAAGGCACCAGAAGAGGCACUCAAGAAGGAACCGGCGCCCCCAAAGGAGCCGGCGCCUUCUAGGCCUCGAGGGGCUGCCAAGCGUGAAGCAGCCGCGGCUGCGGCAGCAGCGGCGGCGGCAGCCUCGACUACGUCGUCGUCCGCUGCGUCGACGACAGCUGCGACUUCGUCCGGGACGACGACCGUCGCGACGGUCACAGCUGAUGGACAGGUCAUCAUCCCGCAGCUGCUCCAGAUGCCUAAUGGCCAGAUGCAAUUAGACUUGAGCAGUUUGUUGCAACUUCAAGGCGGCCUUAAAGGUGUCCCUUUAGGUCCGGUGGUUGGGCUUAAUCAAGGCUCAUUACUCCUCGGAGGAUCUCUCGUCUCCACCGUUAGGGUGUUGCCGAUGUCUGUCGACGGCCAAGUGAACAGCACCUGAUCACCAUUCGCGAUCGUAACAAGAAUACCAAAAGGAAUACGACUAUUAAAAGUAACCGAAGUAGAACCCGAAAGAUUAGCUGCUACAGGAGAAAUCGCAGCAGCAGCAGCAGCAAAAAUUGAGCUAGUUAAAACCGUAACAACUAGGAUUAUUAUUGCAAUUAUUAGAACUAUUAUUACGACCAAAAGCAGUAACAACAGCGAAUAUCGCCAGAUCUUCUGUCCGUCACCGCUAUAUCUUUUGCACUGAAGCUCUGCUGGCUUGGCUCGUGAUCGUAGCUUCAAUAAUGUCAUCAUUUCAUUGCGGAGUUCAACAGAGACAAGUGCAUCAGCAACGGCCAGACUCAGAUCAUACAGAAUGCCCUCAACACAGUUGCGCUGCUGUAAUGUUAUUGUAAGACCAUGAUUUGAGUCAGUUUCGUUACAAUCUCUGUCAUAAUAACGAAUAUCAUUAUUAACCUUAAUAUGAUUAUUGCAGUUAUCUUCUACAUCAUUACAAUCAGAAUUAUUUCGUGAUAAUCAUAGUUCUAGUUAUUAUUAUUACGCAACUACGAGGAGGAUGAUGAUGAUGAUGACCACAAAAGGGAAGAGAAAAAGACGACGGGAAUUGCUUGAUCUUCGAUUUACAGAUGAUGAGAUUUUGUGCAGGCGACGAUAACCUACUUGCAGAUUAUCUCUUGACCCCUACUGACGAAAAAAAGCCGACGCGAGAACCGUCAUGACGGACGUCCUUACAUGGCCUCGAGAUGAAGCAAAUUCUACGUUUUAUACCCUAGCCAAAACGCCAGUAGCAUCCUACAUAUAUUAGGUAUUUAAAUACCAUAAGGUAUCGUACGCGUGAAAGGUAUCGUAAAAUUCUAGCGAAAUGCUGGCUCGAUUACGAGGCACGCGCUAUUGCCGUGCACAAUUUCGAUGUGUUGUUAUUGUUGCUCGCCACGGAAAAACAAAUGUCGGUGGCUGGCGUCGGUGUCAAUGAUUUACAUUGAUCGAUUGAUUUAUUCAAAGUCGUGGCCGUUGCUGGCACGGCUUGGCGACGGAAAUCAGAUGCUCUCGACGAAGCCACCGAGCGAAGUAGCUCGCCUCGUGCGCUCCGUGAUGAUAAUAUUGUUAGUAUAUAUAUAUAUAUAUAUAUAUAA